CCCUUCAAAGUCAGCAACAGGCAGCCCAGGGGGAGCUUGAAACAGUCUGACGGACAAAGGGGGAAAAGUCAUGUAGUCGCUUCUGCGCGCAACAGAUAUUCCUAGCAAAGUAUGCGAUUUACACUAGUUCCUGUGAGUUUAUCGAGACUUUUUGUUUUCGAUUAGCAAAUAAUAUGUCACCAAAAGCAUAGUUUGUGGACUCCCAUUGUAUUCAGUGAAAGUUAGGCGGAACUUUCCGGGACAAUGCAGGCGAGUGGAAGUUUGUGUCUGUUUUUGGCACUUAUGUUGCCGUGCUGUUUCGUGGCGUCUGGACAGUAUCACGGAGAUAAUGGAAUAGCCGUCCCCGACCACGGCUUCUGUCAGCCCAUAACCAUCCCCCUGUGCACGGACAUCGCUUAUAACCAAACCAUAAUGCCAAACUUGGUCGGACACUACAACCAAGAGGAUGCCGGGCUGGAGGUCCAUCAGUUUUACCCGCUGGUCAAGGUACAGUGCUCGCCCGAACUUAAAUUCUUCCUGUGCUCCAUGUACGCGCCAGUGUGCACAGUUUUGGAGAAAGCCAUCCCGCCAUGCCGCUCCAUUUGCGAGAGGGCAAAGCACGGCUGCGAGGCCCUCAUGAACAAGUUUGGCUUUCAGUGGCCAGAGCGGCUGAGAUGCGAACAUUUCCCGGUGCUGGGAGACGGACACAUCUGCGUGGGCCAGAACGACUCCACGGCUACGGUGGCGCCCGUUCACAUGCCCGUUCCAGGAACGCCGGGCGUUCAGCUGUUCUCUUCGCCGGACAAACCGUUCCGCUGCCCAUCAAUGCUCAAAGUGCCGUCCUACCUCAGUUAUAAGUUCCUGGGCGAGCUGGAUUGUGGUGCUCCGUGCGAGUCCUCCAGAACGAAUGGGGCCUAUAUGUUCUUCACAGACCAGGAGAUUGAAUUUGCCCGGAUUUGGAUCCUUAUCUGGUCUUCUCUUUGCUGUGCGUCCACUUUAUUUACCGUAACCACUUAUUUAGUGGACAUGCAACGUUUUAAGUACCCCGAGCGUCCUAUUAUCUUUCUGUCUGGCUGCUAUACCAUGGUGUCUAUUGCGUAUAUCGCUGGCUACUUUCUUGGGGAUAAAGUUGUGUGCAAUGAGGGCUUUUUUGCCGACAGCUAUAAAACCAUCGUUCAAGGUACGAAGAAGGAAGGGUGUACGAUUCUGUUCAUGAUGCUCUAUUUCUUCAGCAUGGCUUCUUCGAUCUGGUGGGUCAUCCUGUCUCUCACCUGGUUUCUGGCAGCGGGUAUGAAAUGGGGCCAUGAGGCUAUUGAAGCCAAUUCACAGUACUUUCACCUGGCUGCCUGGGCUGUUCCAGCUGUAAAGACUAUUAGCAUCCUGGCCAUGGGGCAAAUCGAUGGAGACGUGUUAAGUGGCGUCUGCUUUGUGGGCCUGAAUAAUCUGGAUCCCUUGAGGGGCUUCGUGUUGGCCCCCCUCUUCAUCUACCUCUUCAUCGGCACCUCUUUCCUGCUCGCGGGCUUCGUGUCGCUGUUCCGCAUCCGCACCAUCAUGAAGCACGACGGCACCAAGACCGAGAAGCUGGAGCGCUUGAUGGUCCGCAUAGGCGUCUUCUCGGUUCUCUACACCGUCCCAGCCACCAUCGUCAUUGCCUGCUUUUUUUACGAGCAGGCCUUCAGGCAGCACUGGGAGAAGAGCUGGAUCAGUACGAACUGUAAGAGCCUGGCCAUCCCCUGCCCCAUGCAGUCCUUUCCUCACAUGACCCCCGACUUCACCGUCUUCAUGAUCAAGUACCUCAUGACUCUCAUUGUAGGGAUCACUUCGGGAUUCUGGAUCUGGUCGGGAAAGACGCUGCACUCUUGGAGGAAGUUCUACACGCGUUUGACCAGUGGCGGGCAAGGGGAGACCACCGUAUGAAACGGGAGAUUGUGGUCCACGUUUUCUUGCAAUAACUGAUUUGAGUUUUCGAAUACAAAAAAAAAAAAUCCUAACAAUUACAAUAGGGUUUCAGCACUUCGUGCUUGAACCCCUAAUAAUAAAGUGCCUUUGAUUGUCAGUAUUUUGAAAGCAAUUAUACUUGUCUAUUUUCAGACUGUCAGAGACUUUUAAGUGGAAAGAGAAAUAGGAUGUGAACCACUUGGCUUCCCCAAACAAACACAACCAAUUUGAUACCAAGUGCAGAAAAGUUUUCCUCCCCCAUUCUGUUGCCCCCCUGUUUUUUCUCAUAAGCUGCUGGCCAUAAAAACUCAACUUGGAAAGUGAGAUACCAGCUGGGAAUUCAACAAACGACAGAGCAAAGAGAGCCGAGGGGGGAGGAGAGCUUGAAAACUUGUCAUCUAAUAUGGCCGGCAGUUGUGUUAAAUGUAAUUAAAACAUUGUACAUAAUAUUUGUAAAAAUCUGUAUUUGAACAUUAUUAUAUAUUUGUAUUUAUGCAAAACUAUGCUUUUUUGUGUGUUUUUCAAAGUUUGAUACUCUUCUCUGUAUUUAGAAUUAGCAGCCACUAGUCUCUCUCUCAUAUCUUCUAUACUCAUGUUUGUCUUUCUGUUUCAAAUUAAAGUUGCUGUACAUAAUA